AUGGCUGGCGUGUUCAAGAAUAUGUUUGGCGGCUCUCAACCCUCAAAUCCAGCCAAAGUCGAGGAUGACUUCGCGGACUUUGUGAAGGCUCCUGAGCCGUCCCCUGUGUCCAUUGUAGCGGCUUCGUCGUCGUCGGUCCCUGCUCUCGACACCCAGGGUGCCACCGCCGUCCCCUAUACAAAAUGGUACCGAGUCUGGGAGCGGACCUCGCCCAAGGACUUCAUGCAGGAGGCAAUGGUUAUGCCACUACUCUUUCUGAUUGUCGUCUUUCAUCUCUGGGGCACACGCAAGAACAAACGGAGAGCUAGAGAAUGGGCGCAGGCGCAUGCGCCAGCUCUGCAGAACGAGUUCGCGGUCGUGGGAUUCGACGGCAUCCACAAGUCGACUGCCGGGGGUGAUGCUGCUGCGGGCGAACUCGCCUCGCCGGAGAGUAUUCUUAAGGAGAAGUCGGCCCAGGAGUUCGCGUCUUAUGCGACGGGUAGACAGAACGUUGCUUUUGUGGACAUGACCAUCAAGCUGCCCAAGCGGGCCAAUCCCAUCAUCUACUGGUCGGAUUACGCUCUCAGCUUCUUCUUCGACAGCUGGCAGGCUCCCACUGAAACCUUGGAUGCGAUCGCCUACACUUUUGAUGGCAAGGAGAAGGAUGUCGUGCCUGUUCCCGGCAAGGAUACUUCGUCGCUCAAGGUGAACAAUUCGACCUACGAUGGAUUCAUCUGGGCUGUUGUGCACAAGAACCACAUGCGCAAUUUCCGCCAGGACCGUUACGAUGCUUCCAUGACCUUUACUAAGGACAACGCGAAGCUGCCCCCCUGGGUGACUGUGAUGACAGAGAGCGCUGAGAUUACCGAAACUCUUCUCACUCCCGAGUUGAUCCAGGCCAUUGAGAAGGCCGGUGACAACUUCAAGUAUCUCAUUAUUACUGAUCAGCCUAUCGACAAGCCCACCAAGAUCGAGGAAACGACCCCCCGCAAGCGCGUUCACCUUUGUGUCACUCUUCCCUCGUCUUCUUCUGGUUACGCAGCCACUCUGCCAUUGUUCAACCAGUUCCUCCGUCUUCCGGACAAGCUUGUUGCUUCCGCUCACUUCCGUCCUGAGGUGAUGCGCAAGAUUCGCAACGUCCGUGAAGAAGAGAUCAAGAAGCUGCGCCGCGCCGAUGAGGAAGAGAAGGCGGAAGAGCGCCGGCUGGCUGUCGAGAAGAUCAAGAAGGAGGAGCGGGAGCGACUCCUUCGCGGCAUGACCGCUGAAGAGCAGCGGAAGUUCCUUGAGCGUGAGUCUCAAAAGGGACAGAGACGCUCUAUGAAGAAGUACACCAAGAGAGCAUGA